GGUCCCCUAGCUUGAUGCAGGUUGUGCUGUCGACAGCCUGCAGCUUGGAGAAAACAAAUCAGACUAAUUUAUCCCGGGUUUUUUAUACUCGUUCCGGAAGAUGGUGGCUAAACAGAGGAUCCGCAUGGCCAACGAGAAACACAGCAAGAACAUCACGCAGAGAGGAAACGUAGCCAAGACGCUGCGACCACAAGAGGAGAAGUAUCCUGUGGGUCCCUGGCUGCUUGCCCUCUUUGUAUUUGUUGUGUGUGGAUCAGCCAUAUUUCAGAUCAUCCAGAGCAUCCGUAUGGGGAUGUGAUGCAGAGGGAGCGUCCGGACUCCCGUAGCCUCCUUCAUGCCCUCACUGAGCCUGGCUAGACCGCACCUGCACACACCCCAAACCUCUUCCAGAGGCCCAGAGACUGACGCCAAAGCUUCAGAUCCGGCAGAACCUCAACGAGAGAGAGAAGCUUCCCCUCCACCAGCCCCUCCUGGGGACACCUCCCUGCCCUCGAUCAGCGUUUACAGUGUUGCAGUCUGUGGUACUGACAGCUUUUCUAUGGACAGUCUAAAACCACGCCGGCUGGAGAACAUGUGUGUUUCAUUAUUCACUUGGCACCUGUGUGUGUGUGUGAAGUUUUGAUGUGAGAGUGUGUGUGUGUGUGUGGCCAGUGAUUCCUGCUGACAAUGUGCCAUAUCUGUGUGUUCAAGUAUUCGUCUAUGUUACGUGAGAAGAGUCUUUUUUCAAAUAAAUGUGAAAAAUUUAGCAUC